AUGGCUCCCAAAGUCCAACACCCACCGUUCCCACUCCAUGAGAAAACAACAAAUCGCCCCGAUGAGUGGAAGAUCGAACAGGGCAUGUCCGCUGCCACGCUUCCUGCGUUGGACAUGACGGGCCCUGAGACCGUAGCACUCGACAUACAGACAUUCGGGCCACUGACCAAAGACCAGAAAGCCAUUGAUGCCGUCGGUGAUCGCAACGAGCUGUUCAAGAUCGAACGAAAGGGCUGGAAAGGUUACGUUGAGUGGGAAAACUACCCAGAGAAGAAGGCUGCCGCGCACAAAAUCUUGACAUCUCAGACCUUUCCACCGAACCCCGAGUUCCAGCUUGGCGAGAUCCCGCCCACCAACCCUGUCCUUCCUGGCACCCAUUGGAAGAUGUGGCACCAUGCCCUCGGAGGCGAGCUUGACGAUGUUCCCGAGGACUCGUGGAAUCUGGUCCUCAAGGAGAAGCAUCCUGAUAUGCUGCACUUGUUACAAUUUCCUUACAAUGGCGAGCCACCCAAACGCUUGGUCACUGACAAGCCCGUCACACCAAACCCCCUGCAUUUUGUUCGUAAUCACGGAGGAAUCCCAAUAAUCGACAAAGAGGACUAUAGCUUCCUUCUUGACGGCCUUGUCAACAAUCCCCAGUCCUUUACCCUAGCUGAUCUUCAAGAUGAGUCGCGCUUCCCGCGCAUGAAAAAGCAUAUCACAAUGCAGUGUUCCGGUACCCGUCGUAUUGAGCAGAUUCUGCGCUACCCAGGCCAGGGUGACGAAGUCCCUCAGGCUCCGUGGGCAGAAGGUGCUAUUGGCAACGCAGAGUACGAAGGUGUCUCACUGAAGAAGGUUAUCAAGGCUUGUGGCGGCCUGAAGGAUGGCGCGAAGCAUCUUGAAUUUUACGGUGCAGAUACUUAUUUCAAGGAUGAUAAGGCUAUGAAUUAUGUCGUAUCAGUGCCAUGGUCCAAGGUGAAAGCCAAUGAGAUCAUGUUAGCGUGGGACAUGAAUGGCGAGCCGCUACCACGGAUUCAUGGUUAUCCGCUUCGUGUAAUGUGCUUGGGUUAUAUCGGUGCAAGAGGCGUCAAGUGGCUGUACCGCAUCAAAGCCAUUGAAAACCCCAGCCUCGCUCCCGUUCAGAGCCAAGAGUAUCUGUACUUCCCGCAGCAGAUAGCCAAGCACAACUUCAAACUCACCGACGGCAUUCAGAUCCAAGAGAUGCCUGUUAGUUCUGCCAUCAUGUCUCCGUGGACAAAACAAGUCGUCAUCCACAACGGCAUCAUCCGCUGCAAAGGCUGGGCAUAUUCUGGCGGGGGUCGUUGGCCAGAACGGGUCGAAGUGUCUGCCGACGGCGGAUUCAACUGGUAUACUGUACCCGAAAAGAACUUAUCCAAGAAACGCCGCUGGUCGUGGCGGACUUGGACGUUCGAUCUCCCGUGUGAUGUUGAGGGGUGGGUUGAGAUCGUCGUUCGCUGCUGGGAUAACUCCCUCAACACGCAACCCCCUGAUGUGCGAACUGCGUGGAACUGGGGUCUUCAUGUCACUAGUUCUUGUCACAGAAUCAACAUCUUCAGUGUCAAUAAGAAGCAUGAGAACACCAAGGCGAGAAUGGAUGAGAUGGACAAGAGAGGUGUUCCGUUCGCGCCAUUGACGGUUCCAUUGAGCUUCCCUGCCCAGUCGUGGGAUGAGUAUGAGAAAUAUUGGAAGGAGCAUGAUCCCCGUGAUGCUGAGGAAUAUUGA